AUGCCGAGCCACAAGUCUUUCCGUACCAAGCAGAAGCUUGCCAAGGCACAGAAGCAGAACCGCCCUGUGCCUCAAUGGAUUAGACUCCGAACCAACAACUCCGUCCGCUACAACGCCAAGAGACGGCACUGGAGAAAGACCCGCCUCGGCAUCUAA